GUACCAUAACAACGUGGUUUUUAUUGAAAUUGCCGGUGUUUAUAUCUGCAAUACUAAAGCUGUUUUAGCUACCAUUAACGAUGAAGCACACGGAGGUAAAGCAACAGCCUCUCUCCCUCUAUCUAGAAGUGUGUUCUGAAACCGAGGAGCCGCGUCUUCCGCUGCACACCUCCAUCACCCUGUUUCUCCUGUCCUACUGCGAGUGCUCGUCUUUCAAAGUUUUCCUGGUCUUCACCAAACCUGCCAGCUCCCAGUCACUAAAGAGUCAGCUAGCGGAGUGCUUAGAUGUGUCUGACAUGCAGUUGGAGGAUCUGCCCCAGUUGGUGAAGGGCUGUCGCCUCCCUGCUGCUUUGGAUGAGACUGGAGUUUGCAGGGCAGGGCUGGCGGUGGUCCUGAGGCAUAUCAUCCACAAGACCCUGGCGGCUGACCCUUCUAGAAAUGAUGUGUUGGCACUUCUGGGAUUCAAGAAGACCUGUCUGAAGGCCUGUGCCGAGGUGAGCAAGUGGACCAGACUGUGUGAAAUUGGCAUCCCCUCUGCAGUUGAAGAACACCUCACAAAUCCAACAAAUCAAUAUCAGCAGCUGCCUCUCUCCAUCCUCGCCCUAGAGCGAAGGCUAGCGGAGCCUGUCAAAGUCCACAAUGAUGACAAGAUACGGAGACGGAAACUCCAAGAGCAGAGACAGAAUGAAAAGAAUGAGUCCCCUGAAGGCCAAGGGAACCCUGAUUUUGAGCCUGAACCUGGACAGUCACCUCAGGUACGUGAUAGACUUGAGCUCAGGGCGGCUCUGGCCAAGCUGUCUGUGGAUUCAGUUCCAACUUUGACCACCAGAGAGAACUCUGAGAUCAGGAAAGUGAAGACCACAGACCUGCCUCCGCUGGAGCAUGUGUUUGCCGAAGGACUGUACUUCACUCUGACAGAUGUGGUGCUGCUGCCAUGUAUCUAUCAGUACUUGUGUUCCCUCCAAGCCCAUGCUGCGAGCACUCUACAUUUGCUCCCGUACCUGCUGCGUUGGUACAGCCGUGUUCAGGAAGUACCUGGGGUCCUUCGGGCAGCCAAUGCCUGUGGCAUGGCUCUUUCCAUCCCCCAAGUUUCCACGGCCAGCCUCCCAGGGCCUUCAAUAGAGGACAACCCAGCUAGCCUAUUGGAGCAAGAAGAAGGCCAGGAGACAACCACACAGCUUCCCUUUGUCGGUGGCCCGAGGCCCACAAUGGCUAAACUUAAAGAAAAUGGCAUCGAGGCAGUCUUUGCUCCUCAUCCUUGCCCUAUCUGGACCCUCCCAUGGGACAGCUUACCAGAAGCUAUCAACCCCACUGAAGGUAAAGUCAAAUCUCUGCCUUCAUCCAACAUCACCACCAUGGGCAAGACCAAAGAGCUUUCUACGGACAUCAGGGACAAGAUUGUAGAUCUGCACAAGGCUGGGAUGGGCUACAAGAGAAUCGGAAAGCAACUUGGAGAGAAAAGAUCAACUGUCGGUGCAGUUAUCAGGAAAUGGAAGAAGCACCACACCACCGCCAACCUCCCUCGGUCUGGGCCUCCACACAAGAUCUCGCCUCGUGGGGUGUCCCUGAUCAUGUGA